GAAAUGUCGUUUUCGGACGCACAUCGGCAACCACCUUCGUUAUCCAGUCUUCAGUCUCAAGUUGAAAGAAUAAGAAACUUUUGUUUUUUAGCUCACGUAGACCAUGGAAAGACAGCACUUACAGACUCUCUCAUCUCUUGUAACGGUGUCAUAUCUCAACGACUUGUUGGGAAAAUGAGAUACUUGGAUUCCAGGGAAGAUGAACAACUGCGAGGAAUCACUAUGAAGUCCUCUGCUAUAUCUUUGUGUCAUCCUUAUCGUAGAGAAGACUCAAAAGUUGAAUAUUAUUUAAUCAACUUGGUAGAUUCUCCUGGUCACGUUGACUUUAGUGGAGAAGUUCUUUGUGCUCUAUCGAUGGUGGAUGGAGCUAUUGUCGUCGUUGAUGUUGUAGAAGGUGUCUGUUCACAAACACACACUGUUUUGCAAUUAGCUGCAGAGACAGGAAUUCGUCCAGUUUUGGUGCUCAACAAGAUAGACAGGUUGUUCUUGGAACUCAAGCUGUCACCGUUGGAAGCCUAUCAGCGCAUAGCCAGAGUGUUGGAACAAGUCAACGUCAUUUUAGGAAUCCAGGAAGCUGAAAAACAACUGGAAGAUACCGACAUAUUAGAAAAAUCGACGAAUUCCGAAGCCAUUGAAUAUUCUUUUGCACCGGAAAGUGGCAACGUUGCCUUUGCAUCUGCUAUCGAUGGAUGGGCAUUUCGGUUGGGAGACUUUGCUGAAAUAUAUGCUGAAAAGUUUGGAAUGAAAAAGCAAGUUUUACAAAAGACAUUAUGGGGUGACUAUUAUUAUCAUUCCAAACAAAAGCGCAUUUCAAAAAAACCCGAGUUGGGAAAACAAAACGCUAGACCCAUGUUUGUACAGUUUAUUUUAGAAAAUAUAUGGACAGUUUAUCAACAAGUUUUGUUGGAAUCUGACGCUAUGCAGAUCUCAUUGGAAGAGAUGGUAGAAAGGAGAAAAAGAAUAGUUGAAAAAUUGGGACUUUCUAUAGCAACCCGAGACUUGCGACAUAGAGAACAAAGAACAGUUUUACAAGCCAUCAUGUCUAGUUGGCUUCCAGCUGCUCGAUGUUUGUUGAAUAUGGCUGUUGAAAUGUUACCAGACCCAAGAACUUCUCAACGAGAGAGAUUCCAUGAGCUAUUUUCUUCACAAUGGAUACCAGAAAGAAAUGAUAUGAUAUAUCAAGCUGUGAGUGAAUGUGACAAUUCUUCGGAUGCUCCCGUCAUGAUUUAUAUUAGCAAAAUGUUCAGUGUUCCUUCAAGUUCGUUGAAUUCAAAUCUACAAAGAAAUAUAGAACAUCGACGAGAGUUGGCUCAUCGUGCAAAGAAUUCAGAGGAUCCCAAUAUUAUUGAUCAUCAUUCAACAACAGAAAAACGGAAUAUGAUGGAAGAAACAAGUCACUUGGAGCCUAAAAAGGAAACUCUAUUGGCUUUUGCCAGAAUUUUUUCUGGAACUCUGCAAUCCAAUAGUCUAUUGUAUGUAUAUGGUCCUCGAUAUGAUCUAAAAUGGGUGGAGCAAACAUCCAGUGUAGAGAAAGCAGAGAUAUCCAAACUGUUUCUAUUAAUGGGACGAGACUUUAUGGAAAUUCCUAAAGUUUCAGCAGGUAAUGUAUUUGGUAUAUAUGGCUUGGAGAAUGUUAUAUUCAAAACAGCAACGGUAUCAUCUUUACCUCCUGGAAAGUGCAUUCCAUUUUGUCCGAUGAAAAGUCCACCUGCUCCAGUUGUUCGAGUUGCUAUCGAGCCCAAAUAUCCAGAAGAGUUAUCCCAACUGAAACGAGGCUUAAGGUUGUUGAGUCAGUCAGAUCCUUCGGUAGAAUCAUAUAUUAUGGAAACGGGCGAGCUUAUUUUGGCAGGUGCUGGUGAGUUACAUUUACAGAGAUGUUUAAAAGAUUUGAAAGAAAGUUUUGCUUUAACAGAAAUUGAAGUAUCUCCUCCUUUGGUUUACUUUAAAGAGACUGUUUCUGGAGUUGCACCUGCAGAAAAUGUAUUAUCAUCUCUAGUGGAAGAAGAGAGUGCAUCUGUUUUAAUAGCUAAUGAUGAAAGACACAGUCGAUGGUAUCCAAAGCAUAGUUGUAAAAUAGUAGAAGAGACUACUAGCAAUGGAGUUGUAAGGCUUCGAGUAUGUGCGUUUCCACUUGCGAAACCACUUGCGGAAGCUUUAGAGCGAUCUAGUGAUGCUAUUCGAAGUUUGUUUUUGACGAGUUCUUCCGUCUCAGACUGGUUUCAAGAAAGUGUUCGUAAGAAUACUCAAAGAGUUCACAAACAUGACGAAACAUCUAUGAAAGAUGCCAAGAGACUUGUUCAACAAGCCAUUGAAGAGAUUUCUGUUUUAGAAGGAGAAGAAGUUGCGAAUGGUUGGAGAACAGUGCUAUCUCGAGCCUGGUCAUUGGGACCUCGUAGAAUGGGUCCUAAUAUCUUAUUAGGUCCUCCUCCUCCUCCUCCUAGGAAUAGUGUUGAGAGUUGUUUCUCUUUAGAUCGACGAAAACUUCCAGAUGGUGCCACUGCACUACAAUAUUAUUUAUUGGAUUUUCAAGAUUCUUCCUUUGAUUGGAUGGCUGAGAAGGAAGCGGACCCUAUAGAGGAUACAUGGGAAACCCGAGUAGCUAUUGAACUUCACAAUAGUAUAGUUUCAGGUUUUCAAGUUGCCACUAGUUCAGGACCAUUAUGUGAGGAACCUAUGUAUGGUGUUUGUUUCUCUAUAGAACAAAUCACAGUUGAUUGGGAACUUGUUCAUUCCAUCCAAGUGGAUCCUUAUGGUCCCCUUUCAGGACAGGUUAUUUCAUCUUCCAAGGAUGUCUUUCGAGUAGCCUUUCUAUGUGCUGGACCACGUUUGAUGGAACCUAUAUUUCAUUGUGAUAUUCAAGUCUAUCCAGAUGCAUUGGGACCUAUGUAUGGUUUAUUAUCCAAACGUCGAGGAAAAGUAGUCAAUGCAGAUAUGAAAGAAGGAAUUGCAUUUUUCAAAGUAACUGCUUAUUUGCCUGUAGUAGAAAGCUUUGAGUUUGUAGAUAUAUUGCGAAAAGAAACUUCUGGAGCUGCUAGUCCACAAAUGAUAUUUAGUCACUGGGAAGUGAUAGAUAAGGAUCCUUUUUGGAUGCCUAGUACGGAAGAAGAGUUGGAAGAAUUGAGUUUAGAAGAUACUACUGCUAGUCGUAAUAAUCUAGCAAGGAAGUUAGUGGAUCAAGUUCGUAGACGAAAGGGUCUCAAAGUAGAACAAAAAUUAGUAGAAAAGGCAGAAAAACAACGCAAUUUAUCUCGUAAAAAAUAAUCGGAAAUUCCUUAUGAGUAGCGAUUCAUCAUCUCUCAAAGCACAGUUGAAACAAGCACGAAAGCUUAUCGAUAGUGGUGAAUAUGAAAAGGCAAGAGAUGAGUUGGAGCAAUGUCUUCAACUUCAACCUGAUGUUUACCAAACACUCGUUCUCAAAGGCUUUGCUUGUAAUGCUUUGAACGAUAAAGUGGUUGCUGCAGAGGUAGGUUCUUGUUUCAUAAGACUAUCUUGAUAUAUCCAUUUAUUUAUAUAAAUAUAGUGUUUUGAAAGGGCUACUCAAAUAGAACCUCAUAAUACUCUUGCUUGGAGAGGUAUUUUGGAAGUCUUUCGUAAUAGCCAACAACCCAAAGAACUAGAAAAAGUAGUGAAGCACUGGAUAUAUUACUUGACCACCAUCAGGACCUCCCCUCUUCAAAACAAGAAAAAUGGAUAUAUGAAAAGGCUCAGUGUCUGUUCAAGUUGGCUGUUAGUUGUCGUCACUCAGAGAGAGCCUA